AUGGCGAUGCGAGAGCACACCCUCCUUGUCUCUUCGAGGGGGGAAGGUGCCCCUUCGAACCACGUCGCUGGUCUCGGCCGCGGUGCCGUGGGUUUCACCAACCGGUCCGACAUCGGUCCCGCCCGCACCACUAUCGCCGAGCUCGGGGCCACCGGCCCGCGUGGCGCGACCGGUGCGUCGUGCGGCGUUUCUAAAGACCCAGACUUCGGUCCCGUGCCAGUGGAUACGUCGCCGGCCGUGGGCAUGUGAUGGGCGACCUCACCAAGUGUAACAGCGAGGGCGGGGCGGGGCGGCCGGGGGGGAGGGACAGCGGCGGGGGCGGUAGACUUGUCGGAGAGUAACUGCCACGUAUUCAGAGGGGCUGUUCGGGGACACCACGUGGUGACGAAGAGGAAAAUCCCUUCAGGCGCUCAAGUGGCGCGACAACGACCCGAACGUCAUAAGUGCCGUGGCCAGGCACUUGUGGACGGCCCGCAUAUAUGUCCAAGACCCGAGGUAGUUCAACCGCGCCAUCAC